GGGACGAUCAGGAGCUCAACUUGCAAUUGUCUUUCAUAGUGCACAGGAGUGGUAUCAUUCUUCAACCAAAGGCCUGCCAUCCAAGUCUUGAGAACCGUACAUACCGGUUUGUCUCGCACCAAGGAAAUCAAGAUAAUCUUCGUUGGUGUCGAAGUUUUGUGCCAUGAAUCAAUCAGGUCUUCCUACUCCACCACCUACAUCCGCCACGUCAAGCACAAACCCUGCACAGUCAUCAUCGAACGCGCCUGGUCAAUCUGCCAGUGAUGUCUCGUUAGGCUCCAUUGUCACAACCAUAACUUCGACAUCAAGUCCUUCCCACUUAAACCAAUAUCUGAGGAGUUGCGCAUCCAAAGAUGUCAGAGAAGUCCUGUUGUCCAGUAUUUUGCCAGGUAGCCAAGAUCCUUUGACUCUGUUAAACGCGCGAGAUCACACAAUUGGCAUGCUUUACAUUCUGUCGGCACGACUGCAUACCGUCUCGUCUGAUAAGCCUCUGUGGCACCAUAUCGAGGGUUUUUGCCGCGAUUUUGUCCCUGAACAUGCACGCUUUGCUCCGGAUCGAGUGACACUUCUUGCAACCGGAAUACGACAAUUUGCUGAAAUUGAAGGAAAUCUCAAACUUGCUAUCGCGCCAUUAUCCGAUUUGCUUGCAAAAUAUCCUCCGACCCUUUCACACCUCACCACCAUCCACCCUAUCUUCCUAACGACUUGCGUCGCCACUCGCCAUUUCACAGCCGCAAUCCCCGUCCUGAGUCAUUCAAUCACUACAAUUGAUCUCUCACUUUCUGACUUGACCUACCACGACAAUCUAAUAUACCACUACGCCGGCGGCAUCGCAUUUGCUGCGCUAAAGAACUGGCCAGCUGCUGAAGAACUCUUCGAGAUCUGCGUAUCAUGUCCAGGCUCAGCAGCGUCCGCUAUCCAAAUGGAAGCCCUGAAGAAGUUGGCCCUCGUACAGUUGAUAUACCGCGGAAAGACAUCACCUCCAUCCAAGUACAUGCACCCGAUUCUUAUGCGACUUUUCAAAGCAACGCCUUACUCAAGUUUCAUGAAUGCGUAUCCUCUGCAACGCGACUACCUUCGCACGAUAGUUGAAAACGAGCAUCAACUAUUCGCCAAUGAAAGAACGCUUGGUCUCAUCACCCAGGCACUCGACCGCGCCCCCCGUUGGGCCAUCAAGAAACUCACAACCACGUAUCUGACAUUACAUUUAUCCGAUAUCGGACGAGAAGUGGGAAUUUCGGACGAGAAUGAAGUGAAAUCCCUAAUUUUGAGCAUGAUUGAGUGCUCGGAGAUAUCUGCUGAGCUGUCUGCAGAUGGGACUGUGUCAUUCUCGGACCCACCGGUGAAAUUUGAGAAGGCGGAUGUCGAUCGGGUGCUGGCACAGGCGCAACAGCAGGACGCCUUGCUUGUGAGGCUUGAGAAAGAGAUGGAAAGGAACAGAGAAUAUUUGACAAAGGCCGUCAAGAGCAAGGAUGACGCGGCUUGGGGACAAACGAUGGAUGAAGAUGGUGCAUUUGGAGACCGUACAUCAGGAAACUGGGCUGAAGAUAUGAGCUUCGCUUGAUCCAAAGACCCGAUAUAAAAAAGGAGUAGAUCGUUUUGCGCCGUGAUCAGUGACAUCUGCCCGUCAUCAUAAUUCCGUACGAUUGGCCAUCAAUCAUUGUUUCAUCCUCCUUUUCUCCGUAACCAGCGCCCGUGACAUGAGUCUACAGAAAUAGAUCAAAUGUCAGUGUUAUCCCCUGCUAACGCAUUUUGGGACACGGAGGCCGUGUGAGGGGUGAUUGUACCUGCAGUCUCGUCUCCGGGAGCUUCCUGGCAUCGGCAGCCGUGCGGCGUGGCGUCUAUUUCCAUGGGAUAAGGCUGCCUGUUGUGGCACCUUCAGGUAGCAUAAUCGCCAGCGUCCUGGGGGGCCGCAUGAGACCC